ACUUUACUCCAAGGAAGACACCAUUGACUCUCUCUAAUAAGGAAGAUACACGAGUCAAGACAUCGCCUCAAGCUAGCCCAACGCCAUUAGAUUUGUUAACGCAGUGUAUUUGCGGUUCAGUGCUAUGGACACAUUUAUUGAGAUACCCUAAUCCCACUUGAUUUUAGGGCGAGACACCUGAAGCGGUGUUAACAUUGACAUCAUGUCAAUUCCAAUAUCUCGACACCUUGGCUUGGAAUUGCUCAAUGUAACGGGGCGACCUAGACCGGCUCUUCGACUACUUCGCAACCUCGAGACUCACCAAUUGAGCAGCUGCCAUGCCAGGUUCUUUAGUUUCCAAGCCGCAUUCCAAACUACGUCGUCUAAAUUCACACCGAAAACAUCACCCAGUCCUCGUCCGCGUGUUCUGCCCAUAUUUGCCCUAGGCGGUGGGCUCUUAACAAUCUUACUUGCCGGUCUUCAGCCUAAUAAUCACGUACCCCCUGAGUCGGCCCAAGAUAUAAAAGCUCCCCCAUCCAAUCCAACGCCGAACGAUAUCGACGAUGACGACAAUGGUUUGCCACGCUUCUGGCUUGCGGAAGUCAAGAAGCAUGGGCCAAAAUCUGAUAAUCCCUGGGUUAUAUACGAAGAUAAGGUGUAUGACAUUACUGAUUGGGUUCCCGCUCACCCUGGUGGGGAAGUAAUUCUACGUGCUGCUGGUGGUAGUAUCGAGCCAUACUGGAACAUAUUCUCUAUCCACAAGUCCGCGUACGUCCGAGAGAUCCUUGAGCAAUAUGUUGUUGGGAAAGUGCAUCCAGACGAUCUAGAAAACGGGAGACCACUGCAGGACCAUAUCGAAGAUCCAUUUAUGUCAGAUCCAAUCAGAGAUUCCAGGUUAAGGAAACUUACGGAAAAGCCAUGCAACGCAGAAACGCCCGGCGAAGAACUAGCAACAUCUUUCUUGACCCCCAACGAGGUUUUCUACGUCCGUCAUCACAUGUGGGUUCCUGUUGUAGACGAGGACGAAGCUGAGAACCACAACAUCACCAUUGAACUACCCGACGGCGACAGCAAGACGUAUAGCCUCAAAGAUCUCAAGGUACACUUUAAACAACACACCGUUACUGCAGUUCUCCAAUGCUCCGGCAACCGGCGAAAUGAUAUGACUCGGUAUGCGAACAAGACAAAUGGUUUACAGUGGACUGUUGGAGCUAUCAGUUGUGCAAAGUGGGAGGGCGUACGGCUACGAGACGUCCUCGCUGAUGCUGGCCUGUCGCUCGAAAACCCGGGAGAGGAUGCGCAGCAUAUUCAAUUCUCAGGCUUGGAAGCGUACGGUGCCAGUAUACCAAUCUCGACAAUUCUCGACCCCAUGGGAGAUGUUAUUCUUGCAUUCAAGAUGAACGACGCCCCCCUCCCCCGCGACCAUGGCUUUCCUGUGCGAGUGAUUGUUCCCGGCCAUGUAGCAGCAAGAUGUGUCAAGUGGGUGAACAAGAUCGUAGUCAGCGACGAAGAAAGUAAUACUACUUGGCAACGUCGAGACUACAAAUGCUUUGGGCCGAACGAGGUCAAGCAAGACUGGGAUAAAUACAAGGCUAUCCAAGUGAUGCCGAUCACAAGCGCGAUUACACGGACCUUGUUAAAACCCACAAACAAAACGCUAGGCAACCGGGAUGACGCUACACAUAACCCCGUCGUCCAGAUCGAGGGGUAUGCUUAUUCAGGCGGUGGGCGUGAGAUCCAACGCGUUGAUAUCAGUCUCGACGGUGGACAGACAUGGGAUCAAGCACAAUUGAUUGACGAUACCACACUCGAAAGAGGAAGUAAAGCAUGGUGUUGGAAAAGAUGGAAGUACGAGACUGGAUUGUCUGAAAUUUCGAAAAGAUCCCAAGGUGAAUCAAAGACUGCCACACUCAUCGUCAAAGCUACCGACGACGCUUAUAAUACUCAACCCGAAAGCCACAAGAGCAUUUAUAACCUACGAGGCAAUUUAGCUACAGCUUGGCAUCGUGUGGAAUUCGAUUCCGCUGCUGCUUUGAGAGACUUUGGGAAGAGGGAAGAGAAAUAGAUAAUACUUCUCUUUGUUUUGCUAGCAACCAACGACGAUUACGACGGUGUGAAUGGCAUCGGCGUUCGGUAUCAUAAGCCAGCGAGUUUUCUUCUCUUUCUCAGAUGGAUUAUUAAAAAAAUAUUUUUGAAUACCUCUUGCUACCUAGGCAGGCGUGUAGUUAUUAUAAACGGUCUUGAAAAUUGAAUUUGUUAGAAUGCAUGUCUGGAUAUUCAUCAAUUCGAAUUACCACAGCACACGCAAAACAUAGCGACUGAAUCG